AUGGUGCGUAUUGCAAAUAAAGAAUUGCCAGAAAAUAAAAAUGUUUGGGUAGCCUUGAGUCAUAUUCACGGCUUCGGGAAAAAAUUCGGUCCAACCUCCCCCUCUCGACGAAUUUUGACCGAGUUAAACAUUAAUCCAUUGGUUAAGGUUCGGGAUUUAACUCCUGAACAAGUUAACCAAAUUAGCCAGAAAGCAAAAGAAAUCCCUACUGAAGGAGAAUUAAAGGAACAAGUACAAAAAAAUAUUAGCGAACAAAUUAGUUUGGGCACUUAUCAAGGAUUAAGGCGUUCUCGCAAACCUAAUCCUUUGCCGAUCCAUGAAAAUAAACAAGUUAUACCAAUGAUAGCCGAAGAAAUGGUUAUCGAACAACAACAGCAGCAAGCAGAAGGAAGUAGAGAUAGCCUUGAACCAAGCAAAGAGAAAUUAUUUGAUUUAGGUGAGUUCGAAUUUUUAGGAAAAGAACAUGAGGGAGAUGUUGGUUUGAAAAUAAGAGUAAGAAAGAUUAAAAAUAGUAGUUUUGUCGAAGAAUUUGAAGUUCUUCGGGGAGAAAUAAACACAAUUAAAAUUGAAAAACAAGAAACAGGAAUUAGUGAUAUAAAUGUUUCAGUUGGCGGAAAAUUUACAAUUGAG